UUUCAGGCCAGGCGGUGACACGUAUAACUGAUACACGCCUGGCCGGAGAGACAGCAGUAGGAUUGGCGUGCUGCAUGUGUGGGCGGGCCCCCACUGACAUGACCCGGGUCAGGAAACUUAUGUCUCUCUUAUGAGACAAACACUGGAUUCUAGCCAAGGGAAUUUCUCAGGAAGUGUUUGUCUACGUUCCGGCACAUUUUCAGCGACUUUUUUGUUUUCCUCCGGAGCUCCAGAGGCGAUAUCGGACCGGCGGGUUCGAGUGAACCGGCGGUGGGACCGUACAGCUGGGAGCACAUGGUCGGGGUCCCAUCACUGUGGGGUGGGAUGAUGCGAGUGCGCAAGUGUGGCCGCUACUUUGCAUCGCCCGUUAAAACAUUAAUGCCCCACGUAGCUUGUUAAACAUUUACGCACGCUACAGGACAGUGCAGAAUUUGAUUUUUUUCUAAAUUAUCAGAUAGUAUAUCAAAAACAGUGUGAAGUUCCGCCGAUUUUCCAGGUCGAGGGUCUGCCCCCUUGACUGGAACACUGGAAUACCACAAGUCUUCCGAUGUCUCUGUGAAACCUAAUCCCUUGUAUGCGUUAAUUUUGUACGGAUCUCCAUAAAUAGUACCUCCGUCGACCGACUGGCUGUGUGCUGCGUUAUCAACAUCAGUCCCAGGCAAGGGCUAACAUGGGCCGCAGUCGUUACUUGUCUCUGAUAGCCAUGCCUUUAUUAAAAUUGACCAUUUAAUGGAUGUUUGGGAGACAUUCUCAAUGAAUUGGUUGGCUCAUCGAUCGUGAUUGCUGUGUAAGAGAGAUGCGUCAUCGCUUGAGGGUAGCCAGCUAGGGAAAGUGCUCCGGUGCACGGCUAUUACCGAUCAUUUCUACAGAGGCACGCUGGCAGGCGUCUGUUCGCAUACUCAGCAAUGGACGCAGUAUGAUCAUGGCAGUCUCCUGCAGCAGGACAUCAUUACUCGCGCUGUGGCUAUGGAGUUUUACCCUGGUGUGGAGAUGCUGCCUGUGCCAGACGGAACUAGGGGGCCACUUGUCGGGAUCUCGGGUCCUGACGUUAGCGGGAAGCCCGUACGUAGCGGCGGAGGAUAUCCACGUUCCCAGCGGCUCCGUCCUGACCGUGGAGCCGGGAGUUACCGUACGGUUCGGCCCUGGGGUGGGCUUGUUUGUUGCCGGUGCGCUGAAAGCGCAGGGCCGAGACGAUCAGAGGAUAACCUUUACCCGCUUGGACGGGGCGCCGACGUGGAAUUUAUCGAGUCGGCUAGGUCUUGGGAUCAGACUUGUGGAGGGAAGAACGUUAAACGAAGGUCGCUUAGAGUUGCAAGAUGCCAAUGACACAUGGGGAACAGUAUGCGACGACGGCUGGGAUAGCCGGGAUACAGCGGUUGCCUGCCGUCAGCUGGGGUACCGUGGGGGAGGGGAGUUUCGCCGCUUCGGUACCGGGACUGGACCCAUCCUACUGGAUGAGAUGGACUGCGAUGGGUCUGAACUUGCCCUCUUCAAGUGUCGCGUACAGACAUUGGGAAACCAUGACUGCGGGCACGACGAAGAUGUAGGACUUGUCUGCCAGGGGCCUCACAUAAUGCAGCCCCUGAACGGGUGGCAUGGCAUCGAGUUUGUUCCUGAUAGAACUAACAAGGACGAGAGAAGCGUGCUGGAGUAUGUCGACAUCAUCUAUGCUGGGAUCUCCACAAGUCUGGAGUCUGCGUCCUCUCUAAGGGUCGUUGGCGUCGCCCCGAAGAUCCACAAAGUGCGCAUCAAAGCGUCGUCCGGCACGGGGAUGGAGUUCGACUCCAUGGAGACUCCUCUCAACCUGACGGACACCAUCGUGUCGGGCAGCAUCGUGUCGGGCAUCAACAUCACCACUCAAGUGGGCGGAGUCACACUCAGGAACACCAAACUGACCAAUAACGGGGAGGACGGGCUGAGGUACUCGUUCAGACACGGGGAUUACCUGCCGGGGCCCGGCGACUUCUGUGCGUUCCUCCCGCAGGCAGAGGCGGGCUUUGAUCAGUACCCUAUUCACCUGGAGGGGAGGUCAUCACGGGACAAGGACUGCACCAAGGUAUUCACGACCAGCCCGGGGCACGUGCUCACUGUGCAAUACGUGAAGUGGAAGGGCGUUCCGAGGGACGACUCUUUUCUCCAGGUGAGAGACGGUCCUGACGAAACAGCACCUGUCCUUGGAGACCACAACUUCAGUGAGAACAUGCAUAAGAGCGUCACCAGUACAGGCAACGUCUUGUUCAUGCGGUUCAAGACGAAGAGAGCGUACGACGACUUAUUCGAAAUCCGGAUACUAAGCUCUGAAGGAGAAAGUGUCGACCUGUCACUGGACAGGUGUCUGCUUCAUCGGAACGGCGGGGACGGCGUGGUAGUGCAGAACCUUCAAGGUGAGGUCAAAGUUCAGGAGACGCUUCUAGCGAGCAACGGGAAGGCUGGAUUUCACAUAGCCAGCGGGAUCGGCAACGUGCUGCUGGAAAAGGUCGUGGCGCAGGAGAAUAAAGGGAAUGGUCUUUUGUUUGACUACUUCGGGGGGAAGGAGGUCAUCAAGGACAGCGUGGUGAGCCGGAACGGUAAAGACGGCCUGGCGUCGGCUCCGCCUCAGGUUCUGGAGAAUCUGGAGCAGUUCGAGGUCCUCAACAGCACCUUCAUUGCAAAUAAGGGACUGGCUAUCAAACUCAGCUCUACUUGUUCUCUUACGGCCUCCAAUAUCAUCAUUACAAAGAAUAUAAUCAAUUCCAACGGUGAGGGUGCAGUUGAUAUAGGCUCCUGCACGAUCGGAUACCCUUCAAAGGUCCUUGUGAAAGAAAACAUGUUCAGGAGGAACUUCGGGCGAGCCUUCGUCAUCCGCGAUAUGAACGAGUUUAACUUAAGAAUAGAAGGAAACAUCUUCCAGGACAACAGGGACACAACAAUACAUCUGAUUUCCCCAAACGUGCGGUCAGGCCCUGUGGACAUUGAAGUCGUCUCCAACAGCUUCUUCAUGAACUCAGGUCCCUCAAUCAUCUAUGUGGACCUGAUGAACGGAGACACAGACGAACAAAUACCAGCACACUCCUUUAUCUUCGUCUUUAACGUACUUGAGGAAAACACGGUUACUGUGCCAUUCCCCUAUCUAAUAGGGCGUGCCCUCAGUAACGCUGUUGUCGUCUUCAAAGCAACAAAUACUCUCAUUGAGAAAAGCAUCUUCGAUAAUCCUGAUUCAAGAUACGAGCUGUCCACCCUGCUCUUCAGUCCGCCAACCCGAUUGCUGGCAACGCGCAACUGGUGGGGAACGAAGAGGAAAGCGGUGAUUGCAGCCAGAAUAUUUGACUACAACAGUCGGUACACCCUGGCUAAGGUGGACUUCACGCCGUACUUGCUCAGUCCUGAUAUAUCAAACCUGACUCUGUCCGGGUCAACUGAACCUGCGAAUAAAUUCGUGCUUCUCAACAGAACAAUAGGGGGAACUAUCGGUGGGAACGUUGUCCUGUCGAAGAGGCUGAGUCCUUAUGUCGUAACCCGUGACAUCAACAUCCUUCCCGGCGGGAAGCUCGUCCUGGAGGCCGGCGUGAGGCUGGAGUUUCUCAUGCAUGUAGGGAUGAUGAUCCAUGGACAACUGAUAGCCAAUGGAACAGAGACGGCAAACAUAACGUUAACACUGCACGAACCUUCCCAGGACGGCGGCAACGUGCGGCUAGUUGACGGUAAGGGCCCCUGGGAAGGGCGAGUAGAGGUGCGUCGUGGCGGGCGAUGGGGGACCGUGUGUAGCAAAGGAUGGGACGCUGCCGACACCAUGAUACUCUGCAAACAGUUAGGUUAUCCAGAUUAUUACGAAUAUUUAUCCAGACCCGGGCCGUUGUCCGCUCCUAUCCUGUUGAACAAUGUCUCAUGCAAUGAUCAGGACCACGACAUCGUCAAGUGCAGAUCGACGCCGGUCGGGAACAGCUCCUGCAAACACCAAGACGACCUGUACGUCGGGUGUCUCCGCGGCCACUGGUCGGGUAUCAGGUUUACAGCGUCCACCGGGUACAGUUCCCUCCUAUAUACGGUAGUCGAGAGAGGCGGUGCUCAGGACAACAAUGACUCCCCCAUGGUACCGUCAGCGAUUCGGGUUGAUCUACACAACCACACUUUCAAACACGUGGAAAUCCGCGACUCUGCACAGAUGGGCAUGCACAUACUCUACACGCACCCUUUCCGAGACUCGGCAGAGGUUACAAACGUCACGGUGAUUGACAGCCCAAACAUAGGAUUAUCCAUGCGCUCACCGACGUUCAAGAUCAUUAACAGCACUGUUUCAGGUAGUGGUAGAGACGGAAUAGUAUUUGAAAGGCCACAGCACCGCGAUCCGUACGUAACUGAUGCCGAGGAUGUGAUGCUCCCACAGUUCCGACACAAAGUCUGUUCAGGCGACAAGACAUUGGACAGCAAUGAUUUCCUUUACGUAGAGCUUGACGAAAACACUGAGUCGGUGUGUACUGAUACCAUCACGUCACAAGAAGGUUCAGUAAUCGGCAUAGUUGUGCUAGAAGCCCUGCUGGACCCGUCUGAGGAACUAGUCGUUACGGCAGGAUCUCCAGGCAAUGACAGCGCCGCCAGAAUCGUGGUGGUGACGGACGAUCCCCUGGACUACCAGACCCAGAAGCUGGUCGCAACUGAAGGAACUAUCACCGUCAACUACCAAGGAUCGAGCAGUGGCUUUGGGCUACUACGGAUGCUUGUCCUUUCCAUUCCAGAACAGACGUUCUCCAGUGAAAGCGGGAUCCAGGUGGCGGCCUGUAACAUGUCCAACAACCGCGCCAACGGUAUCAGGGUCAACUUUCAGUCCAACGAAACGUUGACAACCAUCACGGGGACAAACAUAGAGAGGUCCGGAAUGAGAGGACUGCACGUGGAGAAGAGCCUCGGUAACGUCGAGGUGGCCUUUUCUGUAAUACACAACAACAUGUACAGCGGAGUGAUACUGAUGUAUUACGGCGGUGCACUAGACAUGAUCAAAAGCUCGGUAACGAACAACACCAACGGGAUAGAGUUCUACGCUGGAUAUACAUGGAUAGGAGACAAGAUGCCGACGAUAUAUCACACUGUCGAAGACUGUGAGAUCUCGGGCAACACGGAACAUGCCAUCAGCGUGACUACCGACCCACGUAGUGAGAAACUGUGGCAGUUGGAGAUUUCGGGCAGUCGUAUCACUCAUAACCGCGGAGACAUCAUUCACAUCUAUCCCAUGCAGUCCAUCAAAGGAAAAUCAUACCCCUUCUUGGUAUUCACGAGCGUCGAAUUCACACACAACGAAGGUCGUGUGAUGAGCAUUUAUGGCAUGUACUCGGAGAUCCUGCUUCAAAACAGCACGUUUGACAACAAUUUCGGCAGUAUAAUUGACGUACAAGAUGCAGGCUCUGUCAAAAUGACUAUCAGAGACAACAAAUUCGUGUCCAACGACUGCGGAGAUGCAGGCGUUCUCAUGGUGACAGGGAAAGAGAAGAGAAUGGCCAUCUCACGCAACCUGUUCUACAACAACACGGGCAGAUUUGUGGUGUACUUCCAGCUGCUGAGCCAGAGUCUGGACGAUGAAAGCCGUCUGAUCACCUUCUCCCACAACACCCUGCAGAGUAACCUCUACCGGAGACAGGACGUCUUCAGCGACCAGCUCAUGUCAUUCGCCUUCGGCAUCAGCGGCCUCAUGGCGCCCCUUUUAAGAUAUAACAGAUUCCACAAUGAAGACCUGAGACUGGAGCUGUUUGUGGACAUCCCUGCUGUGUCAGUAGACAGUGAGAUCGACGCACGGCUCAACUGGUGGGGGACACCGGAGGAGCACCUGCUUAUGGAGAGGAUAUUUGACUUUGAGGACUGGAACGAUCGCGCCUUGGUGGAGUAUUUCCCCUUCCUGGCAUCACCGGCUGACGAUGCCGUUGUCAUUGACACCAUGGUCCGUUAUCGCGGGGACGAUACAAUCCUAGGCGGCCGGUUAUUAGACCAUUCAACUCUGACAAUAGACCGCAGUCCGUAUUAUGUUUCAUCGGAUCUGACUGUGAUGCACAAUGUCACCCUAUCGAUCGAGCCCGGUGUGGAGAUACGGUUUGCUCCCAGAGUUGGUCUGCUCGUGCUCGGGUCGUUAUUAGCUCAGGGAACCGAGAAGGAUCACAUCACAUUCACCGGCAUGGAAGACAGCGAAGCACGGUUCAUAUCUGACACAUCCGUCUAUGACUUGCCCGUCAGACUUGUGGGAGGGUUUUGGAGAAGUGAAGGGCGACUGGAAGUUUUCUACAGAAAUCAGUGGGGGACUGUGUGUAAAGACGGUUGGGAUUAUAAAGACGCGGCGGUGGUGUGUAGACAGCUAGGGUACGGGCCUCCAGACCAACGUGAUUGGAAGUUUAAAAUCGAUGCCGCGGGCAGACCAGAUGGGCCGGUUUGGAUGGAUAACGUACAUUGUAGCGGAGAUGAAGGAGUAUUGACAGAAUGUGCGUUUGGGUCGCUGGGGUACAGCCUGUGCAGUCACAGUUAUGACGUUGGCGUCAGAUGCGAUGGUGGCGCCGUCGGGGAAAAGAUCCCGUGGGGCAAUGUCCGCUUCUCUGUCGACCAAGCGGUCUACGACCGGCAGGUGUCUGAGUCCUUGUUGGAGUACGUGGACAUCACUGGGGGAGGAUUUUUACAUCAGCGCCGCAUAGCGGCUUUACAGGCCACCUACAUAUACCCAGAUAUCAAGUUCGUUACCAUAUCGAACUGCUCUGGAAGCGGGCUGGAAGUUCUUGUUCCCCAGACCGAGACCUCCAUCGCCGAUAGCAUAUUCUUGCACAACCGUGGGUCCGGAGUAAAUAUCAUCAGAUCAGAAUACGACCUGAGAAUCAGGAACAUUACAACCGUAAACAAUAACGAUAACGGGGUGAGCUUUUCUCCUCUUGACAUCAUCGAAAACGAGAGACACUUCGGCUUUUGCUCCUUCUCCGAUCCCUCAAGGACUUUACCAGUUAGGAACAGAGCUUUUCUUCAUUACAAGUCUUCCUUACUCCGACAAGAGGUCGCCGAAGCCUACAAGAUCAUCAGGGCCCCAGACGGGUUCGUGGUCGACAUCAGAAUCCUCACAGGGUCGUUUUACAACCAGAAGAAGCGCAUUUCAUUCUUCAAGGGCGACAAAUUCACAGAUGAAGAGCUGUUCAUCGUCAUCGAUGAGAUGAACAAUCCGAAGGAAAACCAGGUGUAUUCAACGGGAACCAACAUCGUCGGAAUCUCAUUUAACAACUAUGAAAGGAGUCCCGAUUUCGAGUUCCUGGCAGAGAUUGUGGCUGUGCCAAUAUCAUACCCUCCCUGCACGUUUAGUAAGGACUCUCCGUGCAAGUGGAGGGACGUGGAGAUGGAGGAGAUAUCACCGCGCAGCAAGUGGGUUAUCUACGACGGGUCUGUUGCCAGUCAUUACUUCUACGGCACCAACUAUGACGCCGGCGGUGAAUACAAAGGGAGGUAUAUCUACGUUGGAACCGGGCUGGAGGACUUCAACAAAGACGAGGCGGCUUAUAGCGUCCUGGCGGGACCGGUCCUUCCUGUUGAACUAGACCUAUGUACUCUGUCCUUCUACUAUCACAUGAGGGGUCCUAGGACCUCGCUGGUUAUCUACGUGAACGACACGAGCGGGUUCCGGGAAAUUUGGCAGGCCCAGGAGAACCGCGACACGGACGGCUGGCAGCAGGUGGUCGUGCCGCUCUCACAGAUCGUGGACGACUUCAACGCAGUCUUCAUCGGAGGCCACGCCAGGACCAUCCCUAGCCACGUCGCUCUGGAUAAUAUUGAGUUCAAGAAAUGUAGUAAAGGAAAAUUUGCAUCUCACGUGGUAUCAGACAGCGUUUUCGUCGGGAACAAGCGCAGUGGAAUUCAUUACUCCAGCACUUUUGAACGUAAUCCGAAAGUCAACAUCGAACGGAACAUCUUAGCGGAGAAUGGAGGCAGCCUGAUCGGUGGGGCCGACCUGUCUUCCGCACUUGCCAUGACUGUCGGGGACGCCGAGUUCAUGAUCACUAAUAAUUUAGUGACGAACAACCAAGUAGGAGGGGUACACAUUCUGAUGCACUCGAGGAACCCCGAGCCACGAAGCAACAUGAUCGCAAACAACGUUCUCACCAAUAACAGGGACAGUGAGGCUGUGCUACUCCGAAGUAUGGUGAUGCCUAUGAUGUCUAUCAACAUCGUCGGUAACAACAUCGCCCACAACGCCGCUAAAGAUUACCGCAGUGCACUGGUGAUCACCAACACUGUUGCCAAUGUCUACAACAACACGUUCUACAACAACAGCGGCAUGUACACGGUGGAGUGGCAAUACCAGGGAGCCAGUGCGCUCACAGACCCGACCGAGCAGCAGUACUUUACUGGAAACCUCGUCCACUUCAACAAGGGUGAAAACCUGGACUUGCAGGCGACCAUCGUUACAGACGGACCAAUCAUGUAUCAGUCCAACUUCAUCAAAAAUCCGGCCAAUGAGUACGAAAUCAGCCAGCUCCAGUACCAGUUUGAAGAAGAAGAGGAAGAGAAACCAAAGGGUGACGAGGAACUUGACGAUGACGUUGAUGAGGAGGAGAAGGAGGAGGUCAGCGUCAUCGCUACAAACAACUGGUGGGGUUUCACCAAGAGACCGGAAGUCGCAGACAGGAUCCUGGGGGAGCUGAGGACCAGCAGAUCUAAAGUGACCUACGUUCCCUUCCUUACUGCUCCACCCUUCCAAUAUCGCACCGAAAGCUGCCCCAUGGGAUGGCUCCCGCACAGAGGAAGCUGUUACACCUACAAACCUGAGGUCUUCACGUGGAAGGAAGCCGUCGAAACCUGUUUGUCUGAGGGAGCAUCGAUUGCCUGGAUUACCGACGUCAUUGAGCGCGACUUUGUCCUGGAGAUGCUCCUGUCCCGAGGCUACAACGAAAAUUACAACGAGCCAACGUGGGUGGAGGCGGCCAGUCAUCUCACCGCACAGCAGGAGGGGUUCGCAGCUAGGAACCGUCCCAAGUGUUCCUACCUGAAGCUUCCAGGAUUUAAGGGCGAUGAUGGCCUGAGCUUGUACCCAGACUGUGGACUCGAGAGACAUCCUGUUGUUUGUAGGAAAGACAUAGUCGGUAACUGUCCCAAAAACUGCUUCCACCACGGCUUGUGUAUGGGGACGUCCUGUGUCUGUGACAAGGGCUGGGAGGGAGACGACUGCUCCAAGUUCCAUUGCAAGGAGAUUGGAAAUUGCAAUGACGUUGGAGAAUGUGUCGGUCCGAGUCAUUGCAAGUGCAAACCAGGGUGGAAGGGUUCCGCCUGUUCUGUGACGUAUUGCAACAGAUACGAUACAUGCCGAUCCUGCACGAAGCAGCCGGGGUGCGGCUGGUGCGACACCACCUCCCAGUGUCUGGCAGGCUCCGGGGACGGUCCGGACAAGUUGACACCCACCUGUCCAUCCUACUUCUACUACGACUGCAUCACUAUCGGGGGGAUGGAAAGCUGCUCAGAGCAGAUUGAGCAAAUCAAUUGCUUGUCAAAGUACUGCAACAACACUCGUACCAUCUUGGAUGAGGAAGUAUGUCGAAGGUGUCAAGACAUCGAGGGAUGUUACAAAGACAGCGAACUUGGAAUCUGCCCUGUCUGGAACGAGCAAAAAUGUCCCAGUGGUUUCGUCCGCCCUGACUAUUCAGAUGAGUCGAGGAUUCUUCGCUCCCUUGUACACAGGAACGUGAAGUACGUGGAUCCGAAGAAGGUCAUCUUGUACUCAUGUCCAGUGGAACCCAUCGUCCGUGAGACGGCAACCGACACCACGUUGUUUGUGGCGUAUCCUAAAAUCGACGCUUUUGACGGAGACAUUAUAUCCAGUCCCCAGAGUGGAGGUGUGAUGCACUGGGUGGACAAAGUUGAAAACCUAGAGAACCACACCAUGAUUGUUGCAAAACCAGUGGGUUUGGAAGACGUCGUGUCGUAUGCCGACUUCAGUCAGAAGGUACAGAUGUACCGAGUCAACGAUGAAAAAGCCAAGGAAGCCCUUCCUGACCACUUCUCAUUGAACUCCGUCAAGGAAGGCUUCGACCCUCGCACUGGAAGAUACAUCCACUUCAUGGAGGAUCGACCUGUAUACAAGUGUCUUGGGCGCGAGUUCAUUGACCUGAACACGGGAAACCUCGUCACGUCCUACUACAUGAUCAUGCCUGCCAACCCCGAGCCCGAGCCUGCUGUGAACGAGGGCGACCUUGUGGCAGACGCGGAGAGCCAGGGUUUUAUCGAAGUGGUGAAGGACUUCACAGAAGAGGAACUGGGCGUGUUCGUCCAUACCGAACACAAGCAGUGUGAGCCUGGGAACGUCCAAUGGUUGGAUGAACUUGAAUCAAAGAUCAGAAAGAAGCACAAGAGUGAAAUAGUGGAGGCCACCUUAGCAUGCACGGGUGGAGACAGCCGGCCUGGACUGCUAGUUCUGGACACGACUUCUGCUGAAGACUUGAACAUCCGCCCGGGGAACGUUAUCAUUGGUAGGACGACUGGUGCUGUCCUGUCCCAGAUAAUAACAGUGAGUUACGAAGAAGGUUUCCUGUUCCUGGAAUCCGUUGCCCUUACGUCAUCUUCUGACUACGUGGAGAAGGAAAAACUCAUGCUGUCAAGCACUAAGAGGAAGAAGCGGGCACUAGGCGAGAGUACUGCCGUGGCAGACUUCGACUGGAACAGACGGCUGAGAUCGACAUCUGAAGACGAAGAAGACACCGUAGACAUCUCUGCCAGCGUGAAGUUCACCCCGAAGUUAGACCUGACCCUCGCGGUGACCUCCGCGCCGCCCUACCUGACAGCCAUCGGUGCGGAGCUGGACGGGCCCAUACAACUACUGGCCAACGCCACGUACAGCUUCAAGGCAAGGAAAAGUUCGUCAGGAUCUCAGCAACUCGCCAUCAGACAAGCCAAGAGUGCCUUGGAGUUUUGUAUCAUAGUGGGACCGCCGUCUGCCAGUGUGUGUGUUCCUGGGAAGUUGUUGUUACAUGCUGAAGUUCUCUUCCAUGCUGAGAUGGAGGGCGCUGGUGUCCUCACGGUUGGAACGACUGCAAACUCCGAGGUGAAGAUGGGAGGACGGUGGCGACGGAGCUCAAAGGGCAUGGACUUCUCUGAACCUGGGAAGCCGUUCGACAUUCAUCACAACUAUGACGUCAAUAUGCCAGCCGGUAACAACGGGACCGUCACGAUCAGCGUGUCCCCGACGUUCUCGGUACAAUGGCCGUCCUUCUCCACCCCGACUCUACCGCCUGGGGUCCAUAAGGAUAUCCCCGACUGGAUGAAGGACGCUUUAGGUGCUGCCGGGGCGGACACGUUCUGGACCGGAGAGCCGCUGAUGCAGGCCUCGGUGAACACCCCUCUUGUGGCCAGCUUGAAGGCCAGCACGUGCUCGGAGCGCUGCAGCACGUCCGACAUGCCGCAGUAUGUGGAGCUGAGCGGGGGCGUGGUGAAGGCUGGAGGAGCCCUCAACAUCUCCUCUAAACGUUUCAACGAUACUUUCCGAUCCUUCCAAGCGCCAGACUACAUGAACAGUAGUAUGGUCAAUAUCACUAGCGGCUGUGAUGGCCAGCUCGAGUUGUGCUGUACCUGCCCCGGGACCGGUGAGCCUGGCUCAGUCAACCCGUACACGGGAGAGUGUAUGUGCGACUGCUACUGCGACCCUCCGCUCAACACCAGGAAGGGCAUUCCGAUGCGAGAUGGGAGUUGCGUUUGUAACACAUGUCCGGGAGGAUUACCCAGGAUGUACAUGGAAGACGGAGGGAUGGGAUGUCCCUGUCUGUGUAACGAUCUGUCAGAGCACGACAUGAAUGAAGAUGGCUCGUGCCCGUGUGAGUGCGACUGUCCGGACGGUAGUACAGAUACCAUCGCACCUGACGGCAGCUGUCCAUGUAGGUGCACCUGUAACAACUGCCAGGAUUCCAUACUCGGACCAGACGGCUGCAUCUGCCCAAAUGACGUGUGUCCGGUCUGUGACGACGGCCGGCUGCCGACAUGGGAGGGCUGUAAGUGUUCCUGUCCCGAGUCGGAGGACUGUGGUAGACCCCCGAUCUGUGUGGUGGGACGGAGAGGUCCUGAAUGUGAUCAGCCUGACUGCAGUCCGUGUCAGGACUGUUCAGGUAACGGCGUCUGUGCAGCAGACGUCGGUACGGGCUGCGGAUCCACCUGCCGCUGCCACCGCGGGUGGAGCGGGCCGUGCUGUAACCGCCGCCGGGCCAGGAGGGCAUGGGGAGACCCGCAUCUGGAGACCCUCGAUGGUAUACACUUUGACUAUUUUGGAAUCGGAGAGUUCUGGGACUGCAAGAGUCCGGUCAACGACUUCGGCAUUCAGACGAGGUUCUUCGCACACGAGCGGGUGUCACUCACUGGGGCUGUGGCCGUCAAGGCCGGGCCGAGUGUGGUCACCAUCACCACGCCACCCAAGUCUGCCAAUGCCAGCCACUUACCUUUCCUCAGGAUUGACGGUGUCCUCCAGCCCGUCGCCCUGGGACAGAGGUACACCCUUGCCAACAACACCGUGCUGCUGGAUGUCAGUAACCCAUCCGAGGGGAGAGUGGAAGACCCCGGCGCGGUGGUGGCGCUCUUCUCUUUCCAGUUUGUUUCUGGUGCCAGCAUUUCCGUGGACGUGAGACACAGCCCCGUCAUGCAGCGGAUGUACAUGAACGUUAUGUUUCUUCCCACCGCCAAGUUCAAGGGCAAUACAGACGGGCUCUGUGGCACUCUGGAUAACGACCCGGGAAAUGACUUCACGGGGCCUGAUGGGGUUCUGUUACCAGACGCCAUGGCCUUUGCGGAAUCCUGGCGUGUGAAUGAAACUAACGAGGACGGUGGUCUGGAGGGCAGUUGGUCUUGGACGGCGUCCAACUUCCACCACGGAGACGUGAUGGACCACGCCUACACAGACCCGUACUACAUCCCUCUGUAUGACAUCUCAGGCCUCCCGCCAGAUCGGCUCAAUGCGGCCCGAGACGCCUGCAUCAACAAGAAGCUUCCCAAGGACCUGCUCAUCAACUGCGUCUUUGACGUGGCGCUGACGAUGGACUCGUCCUUUGCAGAGCAGGGACAGCUGAACCUCGAAUGUCCUACGGAGUGUACCGGAAAGGGCCGAUGUGUUGAAGGAGAGUGCGUGUGUCUGCCCGGCUGGACAGGAGCUGAGUGUGAGACAGGACUGUGCGCCAACUGUUCAAAAGAACACGGGACGUGUUUGGACGGGUUCUGUCAGUGUGACAUCGGCUGGGAGGGACCAGGCUGCACCUGGGAAGCUACGUGCUACAAUGUGAACAACUGCACCAGCCCGGAGCACGGUUUGUGUGAAGAAACGGACGUCUGUCAGUGCAACGACGGUUUCAGUGGAAUCGACUGCGGCCUGCAGGCCACCUGUUAUGACGUGGACGACUGUUCCGGGAACGGCGUGUGCGUGGACUUUGACUGGUGCAGAUGUGACGUCGGCUGGACCGGCGAGGAUUGCUCGGUACAAUCCUGUCAAGACCUCGACUACUGUUCCGGCCAUGGUGAGUGUAUCGCCUAUGACGUGUGCGCAUGUCACCGCGGAUGGAAGGGUCGCAGCUGUGCCCUUCCGGACUGCCCGAAGUUGAGCCAGUGUUCCGGACAUGGUGACUGUGUGGCGCCCAACCGCUGCCGGUGUCACUCUGGCUACUUCGGGCGGAACUGCAGCACAACGUUCAACUGCUCGCACCUGAACAACUGUUACAACAACGGCAUGUGUGUGGUGGAGAGGCUGGAGGAUGGGUCUGUGGCUAACGCGUGUCGAUGCUAUCCUGGUUACGGAGGCGCAGACUGUGGCCAAGUGGCAUGCGACGAAGUGCGACAGUGUUCCAGGCAUGGCCGCUGUGUGGAGCCGAACGUGUGUGAGUGUAACUACGGUUACGCUGGUCACGACUGCAGCCGCUACACGUGCCAGGGGAUGCACUACUGCUCAGGACACGGUGUGUGUAUUGGGUACGACGUGUGCUACUGCCAUUCCCUGUGGUACGGCCGCGCCUGUAGCGAGCCUGACUGCACGAGGGUGAACCAUUGCUCGUCCCAGGGUACGUGCAUCUCACCGGACACCUGUGACUGUUUCCCCGGCUUCGAUGGGGAGGACUGCAGCCGUGCGUCCACGGUGAACGAGCACCCACCUGUCUUCGAGCCUGACUUCUACAAUGUGACCAUCUUAGAGAAUGUCCCCAUAGGUAGCAAAAUACUAUCGCCCAACGGAUAUGACGAAGACGGUGGGAAAAACGGUUUGCUGACGUUCACCCUGCUGCCGUUCGGCGCCUACAACUUGUUCACCAUCGACACUCGCACGGGAGAUGUCUACACCUCAGCUGAUGUGGACUAUGAGAGACUGCGCAUGCCUUCCAUCCAGCUCACCGUCGUUGCCACUGACAAAGGAACCAAUCCUCUAGCAGCGACGGCAGCGGUCAACGUCAAUGUGCAGGAUCUGAACGACAACUGUCCCGUGUUUUACGCCAACAUCCCCCUGUUCGUGAACUUCCCGACGACAACAGAGCCCGGUACAAUACUGGCCGUGACCAGGGCACAUGACUGGGACAGCGGUAAGAACGGUGAAAUCUGGUACAUACUCGACCAGGACACCAACAUCAACCUGUUCGACAUCCACUGGGACAGCGGCGUCAUCAGGAGUAUAGACCAGCUGCCUGCCGGUGUGCACAGAAUAGGUGUGAUAGCAUCCGAUAAAGGCGAGGCUCCGUGCUCUAGGCGCAUUGUCAUCACCCUGCUUGUAAGUAAGGUUGUAAGGAAGCUGUCAACCUCGCCUGGUUCCCCCUAUACUUACGAGUACGACAUAGAACCGGACGAGGAAGAGGAAGAGGAGGAGGAGGUGUUUGUAGAGCCCACCAGUGCCAGCACCGAGGAGUUCGACGUCAUCGCCUGGUUAACGUCCGGUCAAGACCGCCAGCCCACAUCUGUGGUUCCGGAGGGAAGCACGCUGGAAAUGGAAUUCUCCGCGACCGCCAUCGGCAGCGACGAGACGGGCAGCCCGACCAGUUCAGCCGAAAAGACGCUCGACGAGUUCUUACGGUCCAGGUUGGGUACAAAGGAUCCCGGCAACACGGCGGAAGGUAGUUCAGUAGAUGCCGGAGAACCUCUUGAAAUCGUGGUGGACAGUGAACCUCUUCCCGGUCCCGACACGGAAAGCAGCGCGACGAGCAGUGGGUCUGACUUAAACGACGACCAACUUAAGGAAAGCGACUUACCUCUGACAUCUUCUACUUCUGAUGAUGAUGUUGAAGAUGCAUCAGAUCAAGAUGAGUCCAACCCGUCUGCGUCUGGCACAGGGGAGAUAGAUACACCCGUUGCUGAGAAAAUUAACACAAGCACGCCUGUCCCUGAUGGAAAAGAACAAACAAACCCACCUACUACUACUGCUGCAGCUAUUAUUACCACUACUGCUGCAGGUACUACUACCACUACUGCUGCAGCUACUACUUCCACUUCUACCACUGCUACUACUACGACGACGGUGAAGACGACUACUGCUACCACUACUACUACUGCAGCAAGCAACACCGAGCCAGCGCCUAUAAGACCGCGAAAAGGCAAACCUCAACUGGAAGGCGUUUCAGCACCCAGUCCAACCAUGGGGGAUGUUACAAGCAAAGCAGACCCUCCAACACCGGCGUCUGAAAACACUGUAGAGACCGUCUUUUCAGGCAUAGAAAAUGCUGAACCUCCUGUAGAGUACGGUGAUACCCUUGAAUUUGAUUUCUUUGGCACACUGACUCCACUCGAGGAAAUUCCAGAUCCCACACCAAAAACCACGUUGGAGCGAAACGGACAGUCCCUAAUUCGAGAGUCGUCUCGAGAAAAUGAGCUGCCUACAGAAGACCGAAGUUUGCUGCGAUCGGAGGUGUUCGAUGAAUCGGGCGGAGACAGUAACAUCGUGACGGAUCCUAUCCGGCCAAGCCCCGGGAUCGGUGCAACAGGUCCGCGCAACUUGCAAUUCCCCGGAUGGAGAGAAAGUGUUCAAUACAAACAGCUGGCAGCGCUGGGCAGACAGGACCUAGACGCCGAUAGCGAAGAAGACAGAGACCCGCUCCGGGCACGGGGGGCACUCGCCCAGUUUGCCGGAGGGGAGGAAACCGUACCUGUUGGACACAAACCGCCGCCUGCCCAUGGUAAACAGGACCCGGGCGGCUCCGUAGCACGAAGUGGAGAUAGAGAAGCAGUCACGAGGGGAGGGAAGAAGCGACAGCCGGCCUCUCCACGCCCUCCCACCCCGCUCCCCGUCCCGUCACCCGCGCCCACGUCCAAGCCACAGACAACCACAAAGUCCACGGGUGGUGAAAAAGGAUUACGACCAGUCUACGUCGCAAGCAUCGUGGUGGGAGUGGCCGUUUUCUUCACCUGCGUGGCGCUGGCCUGCAUCAAAUGUCGUCGGACAGACCAUCGGCGGCGGCGGCGCAACGCCAAAAACGAGAAAGUUCGACGGUGGAUCGCUUCUAUUCCCGCAGACGUCGACUUUGACUUCAUCCCGAUGCAAGACAUGGGCAGGAUCGACUGGAGGCACAGCAACAGCCUGCCCAGACGCCCCCACAGUCUGGCACGGGCGUCCAUGUUGAGCACCCGGACUGACAAGACUGGAUCCACAGCUAGUGGAUAUCACUCUGCUAUGGAGUCAUUGGACGAAUCGGGUCGCCUGAGGAGAGAACGCUUGGGGACUGCUGGGUACCUCAAGUCCAUAGAGGAUGAGGCUGAAGACGACCCCCAGGCUCAUCCACAACAGGAGCGUCCGACUCGCCCAGAAACUCCAACCCUCCCAGAAGAGCCGAGCAAGCGCGACGACGGAGAGCGUCUGAGACUGGAGCGCCUGAUAUACGCGGGGUACACAACCCCGUCACAGACAAGAAGUGUAGAAGAGAAAGAAAAGAAGGAGACCCUUCCAAAGUCGGAAAGCCAUCAGAUGAGAAUGGAUCGUCUGUCCAUAGCUGGUUACGCUCCACGAGAACCCAAGGCAAACCCUGCGGAUCCCGGCACAGACUCCGCCGCAGAGACUGGCUACACCACCGCUGUGGAGUCACCGGACGACGACUCGCCCAUUGCAUCAGGCAGUACGACUUUGGAACGGCCAGAAGUAAUAUUACGUAUUGACGAAGAGACGGACAUAGAAAAAGAAAUAUUACCUACAGCCGAUGAUAUUGUUGUGAACGACAUAGCUCUAGACUAGGGGUCACGUGGUGUACAUAUCGUUGGGUUAUCGUUAGAUGGUUGGUUGGGGAUGUACUUUACUGAUAAAGGAAGCACAUCCCCAGUCUUGCUUUAUUUCCAGUAGAGAAUGCAUGACUGUGCAAUCUUUAAGAAAAAGGACGGCGUUUUCUAAUGAAUGUGAAUGAAAUAUUUAAGAAGCCACGAGAGGCACUCAGGGGGAACAAGUGGAGACGUCCACAGCAACUGUUGCUGCUAUUCUACAAGUUUCCGAGGACUUUGAAGAGGACAUUCCUUACGUUGUUGUCAAAUCAUGUUGAUGAACCUACCUCCCUUUAAUAUAAGCAAACAGCCAACCCGCUAUUCUUCCCUUGUUUGACCAUCUUGGAAUCAUUGACAGUUUUCUGAUAGUGUUCAUUCUUUGUAGUGAAAUUAUGACAAGGACUUUCUUGCAAGCUUACUGAAUGGUACAACAGAGAAUGUGUCCAAAAUCACAAACAUUUCAAAUCGCUCUGUAGAAAACAGAAAUAAUAUCUUCUGGAAGAGAUAAGUUUAUUCUCAUGACUGUCUGAUAAAAAAUAAACUAUCUCUGCAUACUGGCAACUAGUGUACUUACUUUUCUAAUUGGUCUUCCUGAAUACAAAGGUUCUAAUAGUGAUGAUUCACAUUUAAACUUUGCAAUACAAAAUGACCAAUAAAGUGGGUAUUUCACUGGACUGUACCAAAUUUUGUAAGAUAGUAAAAGGCCUUCACUAAGCGGCAUAAACCAGUGCCAAUUGGCCCCAAUUUCUUGCAAUUUAAAAAAAAUGUAAUUGGCAAAAUAAGCGCAAAGAUCCUUUAUCACUGCAAAUAUCUUUUUCAUAUGAAUUCUUUGUCAUUGUACAUCGAUUUUUCGAUUAGCCCAAUGUCUUAGCAUAAUUUGGUACAGUAUAGUGAUAUACCCUCUCUAUGGCACAGGCUCUGAUUGUACAUUUGUAUCUGAUAAAUAUCAUCCCCUAUCCCAACUUGGCACAUGGAAACAAAAGCAGCUUAUCUGCUAAAUCAUGGACAGUAAUCUGCAAUUCAUACUUUGCACAUACAUUAAUCAACAUCAUUUUUUACACUAGAAAAAAAUUUAGUUUUGAGGAGACUACUGAUAAUCCUCAACCACAGCUUCCAAACAGUUUCAAAACAAUUUUGCAUAUUGCAGUCAGAAGAAGGACCUCUUUCCAUUGCCUGGGAGGUCUCUAGUAACAAAUUGUUCCAUUCAUGAAAAUUAGACAAGUACAACCAAAAGUAACAAUAAAAAAACUGAGAAUGAGCUUGAUCCUUACAUUUGCUUGAAGAUUAUAUCAGAGGAUCCACCCAUGUAAAUGAUACAUACUGAAUGGAGAGGUAGGCACUGGGACUUGCAUAGCAAUAGCACAAUGUCACAUAAAAGCCAGGUAAAACUAAAUGCAACAUUUCUUUUGUAACUUCAUCAUACCCUUACUGUCAGUUACGUGCUUGUGUGAGGACAGUUUAUGUUUGAUGAGAAUGUAGCCAAAUUAAGGGUACGCUUGAAACAACCCCUAUAAAAUGAUACAAACCUGUAAAGUUUAGCCCCUGUAUGGUCUACCUUGAGCAUUUGGAGUGGGCAAUUAAAAACUAAGUAAAAAGUACAUCUAUGAAGUUCUAAAAAAAA